UGACGUGUUUUGUGGUGGCCGCCGGUGCGGCCCCACGUGGUGGCGGCGGGAGCGGUUCGCGGUGCCGAGUGGAGCCGGGGCCGGGCGCCGCCCCGCUCCGGGCUGACAUGAAUCCCUUCGCCUGGUACCCGCCGCCCCCGCCGGGGCUCCCGCCGCCGUUUUUCUGCCCGCCGCCCCCCUGGGGGACCGGCUUCUGGGCUGCCCCCGGGCCCUGCCCGCCGCCCGGCUCCUACUCUUCUCCUGACGGACACCCGCCGCCCGAUGGCUACCCGCCGCCCGCCGAGGGCUACCUGCAGCCCGACGGCUACCCGCUACCCGUUGAGGGCUACCCGCCGCCCGCCGAGAGCUACCCGGCCCCCGACGGCUAUGUGCCACCCGCCGCCUGGUACCCGCAGACCUACGGAGAGCAACCGCAGGGCCCGCACGCCGGUGGAAAUGGCAAUUUUUCUCAGAAACGGCAAGGCGAGCAAGCCCCUGGGUUUAAUAAACGUUUUCCAGAAGAAAAUAAUAAGCCAAAGACCAAAAAGAAAAAAGAGCCAGUUUUCUCUCAUUAUUGUGAUACCUGUGACCGUGGCUAUAAAAACCAGGAGAAGUAUGAUGAACAUGUUUCACAACAUAAACAGUGCACGGAAGAAGGCUGCAGUUUCAGCGCACAUGAGAAGAUAGUUCAGAUACACUGGAAGAAUGCACAUGGACCUGGUGCUAAAAGAAUAAAAUUAGAUAGUCCAGAAGAGAUCGCUAGAUGGAGAGAAGAAAGAAAAAAAAAUUUUCCUACAUUGGCAAACAUUGAACGGAAGAAGACGAUGCAGAUACAGAAAGAAGAAAGGGGAGAAGUGCUGACUACCCAACAGUUUGGCAAAAUGAAGGGGAUGUGGAAACCUCCAGAAAAUGAAGAGAGGUUUGGGCAGCACGGAAAACAGAGGAAAAGACAAAGGCGCCCAUUCUGGAAGAAAUUUAGGAAAAAUAACGGCGAUUAUAAUGCACAUGGAACUCAAAAUGAAGGCAAUGGACCAGAAGACAGCAUGUGUGGAAAGGGACAUGAAAAACAGCGUGCUUUGGUGUCUCAGCCAUAUGUGAAGGACAUGGACCCUCUUGGUCUGCUGGCAAACAGUGACGCUGAAUCUGACAAGGAUGAAGCAGCAGCCAAAGACGGGAAGCUGGGAUUGACUGUUGUUCCCAAGCAGGUCACCUCUGCCCUGAGUUCCUUGUCUGCCAACUACGGCAGCGCCUCCGACAGCGAGCCCGAAGAAAUCCCUGUCAAGGCUGCAACAAAAGCUGAGAAAAACCAGGCUGCACUCCGAAAUACGCCUCAAACUGCUUGUGUUCCUCAGAGUCAAAACCCGAAUCAAAAACGUCCAGAAUAUGCAGGCACGACAUUAAGAAGCUCGAAUUCAAACGCACAUCCCCCCAGAGGGCCUGAUAACUGGGGCAAGAAAAUAUUACCUCUUCUUCCGAAGCGCCGUCCAACUCUGCUGGAAAUGCUACUGGCCCAGGACAUCCGACAUGAAAGGAAUGUGAUUUUGCAGUGUGUUCGAUACCUCAUCCGAAAUAACGUGUUUGGACUUCAGUUUGAAAAAGAACCACAAGCUGAAACAGAGACUGGACAGUCCUCUACAACUGCAACAACAGCAGAGGCUUUGACGGACAAACCCAAUGGAUCUAAUUGUUCUUGUAGCUCUGACCUUCAGUUAGCAGGAGGAGAAGAUGCAUUAUUAAUUGCCCAGGGUGAGAAGGCACCCGUGGAUCAGACUUCACAGGUGGUUCGCUUGGCAGAUGAGGACACGUGGGAAACCCAGUCAAUUCAGCGUGAAGAAGCACUGUAGAUGAUGUCUGUUGUGGACAACAGAGCAAAGGCUCACUUUUUCUACCUGACCAAUGCUUUUGAAAGACAUAGGUAUAACAAAAUACUCAUUAAAGUAUAUACCGAAAGCUGAUAAAACCACUUUUCUGAUAUGUUCUGCCCGAGGUGGCCAUUUCCUUGUGAAAACAGCAUCUGCAUUGAGUAAUUGCGUUAACCCAUGGCAGAAGGACAGCAGUGGCACGGAGUAUGAGCUUCCCUAGAGUAGGUGCAGAACUCGACUUUGGAGCUUCAGAGCUCUGAAUGUUUUACCUCGUUAACAAACCAGUGUCAGUCCAUCACCAGAGCCAAGUAGUGUUGUGGUAGGAUGGAUCUUCCUCAUGUGAAAUCAUGGUCUGUCGUGUCUGGGAGUAUUUGAGUGUCCAGAAGUAUUUCAAUGUACUUUUGAAAUGGUAAUUUUAGUGCAUUUUUUUUUCCAGCUGUUAUCUGAUACAAUAUAUCCAAUAUAAAUCUAAUCUAUCCAGUAUAAAAUUAAGAAAUGAAAUGGAAGAUAAAACUGACCUGGCUCUAAAAAUACUGCUUGUACUUAGGAGUCUCCUCCUCUCUGAACUAACUUGUUUAUUGAGCAGAGAAAUGGAAAUGAGGGUGCAGACUGAUGCAAGAAGCCUUUUUAAAAAAUAAAUGAAGAUGCAAUAACUGCUACCUGCUUGCAUCAGCGCUAGGUUGCUGGUUGACCUCAGGUACCCAGUAUGAAGCCUUAGGCCUUAACUGCUGUUACAGUCAUUGUCUGACAAAUCUAACUCUUGAAGCAAACUCUUAGUAUUAAGAAUAUUAACAAAGUUUAGAAAGCUUACCAAGAGUUACUGGUUUGUCCCUUUUUUAUAUGCAUUGGGAAUUUAUUAGUUGGCCUUCUGGAACAAUGUCUUCCUUGGUACAUUGUUAUGAUGCUCCUACAGCAUCCAGUGAUUUAUUUUUUCAUGGAUUUGUGUGCACGUCGAUAGUGUUGUGAGCACUAAAAAAGCAACAGCCAAGGUUUAGACACAAGUUUAGUCUUCUGAUUACAUUGUGCAUUUGUUUGUCAGAAUCAUUCUUGUCAAGGGCAGGUGUUUGUUACAUUGACACUGAAAGCAGGCCAUGAAAAUAACCUAUGAUCAAAACCUCCACUUCAGAAUAUUUCUCUGCUCUUUGUCUUUUAGUCAUGGCUAAAUGUUGGAGUUAAAUCUCAGGGACUGAUUUGAUUUUUUUUUUGUUCUUUGGUAGAAGUCUAGCCUUCCAUUCCAUCAUCUAAAAUACUUAGACUCAUAUGGGGUGUUUUUGUUGCCUAAUAACUGUUUUCUUUCCUCUGGUUGCUUGUGCCGCACAUCUCAUUUGUGGUGCAUAGAAAACAAGAAAUAGUUAAAAAUUCUGUCCCACUGCUCUGCUGUUUAUAGCUACGGCUGCAUAUUGUGUUUGUAAUGCACCAUCUAAAUUUAUGGAAUUAUAUAAAUAUCAACACCCUUGUAAAAGCUGCAUGUCUCAAGAAUAUAUAUGUGCAGAAUAGAAGCAGUGAUCAUAAACAUUUAUAUUUCCAAGGCAGGUGAUUCAUUCUUCUCAUGAUGGUCCCACAAACCAUCUUAAUCUCACUGACUUGCUUAUGGCUUUUACGGUUUUACUGCGAUGAAAUUACCAUCAAAGGACUCUAAGCCAUGGAGGUCUGGCACUCAGGCAGAACCUGAUUUCGGAGUGGAGUGGUACCAGUGCUGUUGAAAGCAUGGGUAACAGCUGUUGGAAAAGAAAUGAAUGUCUUAGGAUUGCUACUAAAUUGCACUUUAAUCAACCCUUAACAUGGUUCUGUCCCUAUUGAGUUGAUGGCAGAGCUUUCUUUGACUGUACACGCUGACCUUGUGUUUAAAAAAAAAAACAAACCCUAAAAAAAACAAA